AUGGCCUCCACGCCGACACCAGCACGGCCGAGGAUGAAGCCGCCAGCUAGCGGCUCCGGUGCUCAACAACCCGAGGCUGCGAACCCGGGCGGCGGCGCCACAAACAUGUCAACAAACCGGGAUUACUCGGUCAAUCUGUCGGUGCAGCAAGUGCUGAGUCUUUGGGUGCAAGGGACGGCGCUGCAACAUUUCACAGAGAUGUGGUACUGGGUCUUCCUCUGGUGCCUCUUCUCCUCGCUCUUGGUCCACGGGGCGGUGGGCCUGCUCAUGUUGGUCAUGCUGCAGCGCCACAAGAGGGGUCGCCUCAUCACCCUCGUGCUGGUCAGCGUGGGUUUCCUGGCCUCCCUCUCCGGAGGCGUCGUCACCAGCGCAGCAGUGGCGGGGGUGUACCGCGUGGCAGGCAAGGGCAUGGCACCGCUGGAGGCUCUCAUUCUCGGCGUGGGCCAGACCUGCCUCUCCGUGGUCGUAUCCUUCUCCCGCAUCCUGGCCACGCUAUGAAGCCACCGACCGUCGGCGGACGCAAACACCGACGGACAGAGCCUGGUCGGACUCAUACUCAUACGGAGUUGCCUCUUGGACCUUUGCGACCGGGUGCAGACCAGACCCUCAUGCUGCCAAGCUGGUCUCUACCGCUGCCCCGAAUACCGAAGCUAAUUCCUGAUGAGCGCAAGCAGCACCAUCCUCAGCUUCUGGCCUGAAAGCCACGUUGAGGAUGUUCUCUCCAGAGGAAACUCGGUCUUCUCUGGGAUUUCCUACAGGUCUUUGUGGACACUGACUUUCCAAGGAUCUUGCUUCCCAUAUACAGGAAUGAUCAACUAGAAGUUCAGUUUUUUUUUUCUACAAGCAGCAAUCGAGAUGGAUUUUAAUCUCGGGAGCAAAUGUUGAGCACUGAAGUCUCGACGGUGUGAAGUCGGAGCAGGCUCUCUUCUCAUGGUCAUUCCAGCUGCACAGCCGUGUUGUCCCAGUCCAGCCAGCAGGACUCAAGAUGGGUGAAUCCCGCCAACUUGGGAGAGAAAACGAGUAUCGGUGCCAUAACGGUUUGGGUUUUUACGGAGAAGAAUGCCAGUUUUAGGAAAAUGGGUACAAUUCGGUUCUGUUUUUGUUUAGACUUAGACCAGGCCUGGGCAAUUAUUUAGACUCGGGGGGGCCACAUUUAGAGACAAAAAUGUGUCUAUUUUUAGGAAUACUAAUACACAACCUCACAAUAAUAUCUGAUUGAAUGCUAAAAACUUUAUGACAGACCGCCUAAAGAAAACGUAAUGGAAUUUUACAUUUUUCUAUGAAGGAUAAAACACUGAAUAUUGACAACAUAUGAACGUCACGCCCCCCCCUCUCCAUCCACAUAUUUUACAAUCAAGUGAAAUGCAACAAAAAGUGAAAUAUGAACGCAAAGGGGACAUAACAAACCCGCCUACAAUCUGAUGUAUCUGAUACAUCACUAAGCUUUAGAACUUUGUUGUGAAAUUCUCCUUCCGCCUCUGUGGAAACGCUUCCCGCCCACACUGCUUGGUGCCUCGUCUGAGCUGCUGUGACUUACAUUAGCAUAGUAACUAAUUAGUUGACCAUAGUAACUAAUUAGUUGACCAUAGUAACUAACUAGUUGACCAUAGUAACUAAUUAGUUGACCAUAGUAACUAAUUAGUUGACCAUGGUAACUAAUUAGUUGACCAUAGUAACUAAUUAGUUGACCAUAGUAACUAGUUAGUUGACCAUAGUAACUAGUUAGUUCACCAUAGUAACUAGUUAGUUCACCAUAGUAACUAGUUAGUUCACCAUAGUAACUAAUUAGAUGACCAUAGUAACUAAUUAGUUGACCAUAGUAACUACAAACCCUGUUUCCAUAUGAGUUGGGAAAUUGUGUUAGAUAUAAAUAUAAACAGAAUACAAUGAUUUGAAAUUCAUUUUCAACCCAUAUUCAAUUGAAUAUGCUACAAAGACAACAUAUUUGAUAAACAUUUUUUAUUUUUUUUUUUGCAAAUAAUCAUUAACUUUAGAGUUUGAUGCCAGCAACACGUGACAAAGAAGUUGGGAAAGGUGGCAAUAAAUACUGAUAAAGUUGAGGAUUGCUCAUCAAACACUUAUUUGGAACAUCCCACAUGUGUGGGAUGUGUCAUCCGGACCAAAGGGGAAGCGAACCAUCCAGACUGUUAUUGAUGCAAAGUGUAAAAGCCAGCAUGUGUGAUGGUAUGGGGGUGUAUUAGUGCCCAAGACAUGGGUAACUUACACAUCUGUGAUGGUAUGGGGGUGUAUUAGUGCCCAAGGCAUGGGUAACUUACACAUGUGUGAUGGUAUGGGGGUGCAUUAGUGCCCAAGGCAUGGGUAACUUACACAUGUGUGAUGGUAUGGGG